CAGUCUAAUCCCACUGUAGCCAUUAUCCCUAUGCACUGUGGAAAUGUUGACUCUUGGUUCAGUAACAACUCAAACAUUUACCUUUGACCAUCUGUACUCUCUAAUGUCCAUCUCCAGUCCUGUGCUGCCAUGUGUGCCAUGAAGAAGUUCCUUGUUGUUCCUAUCUUAAAACUUUCUUUUGAUCCCUGCAGAAUUACGUGAUAACAGAACAGGCUACAAAAGAAGAAGAAGAGCUUAUUGCAGAGGAAGAGGAAGAACUUACUCCAGAGGAAAAGAGGAAACUGGAAAGGAAAUUAAAAAAAGAGCGCAAGAAGAAGGAGAGACAGCUGAUGAGGGAAGCUGGAAUCCCCAUUAAAAAGGUGGAGCCCAAAAAGCCAUCAGGAUCUGAGCGGGCUCUGGCCUAUUUAACCAGCUGGUCUAAAAACCCAGAAGAAUGGAAGUUUCAAAAGACAAGACAGACGUGGCUUCUCCUGCACAUGUAUGAUAAAGAGAAGGUUCCAGACAAGUAUUUCCCCAUUUUACUGGAUUAUCUGCAAGGGCUUCAGGGCAAUGCACGAGACAAAACUGUGCAGAAAGCUGAAGCUUUUAUGAAGGAAUUUGAUGGUUCUGAUGGAGAAGACCCAGACCUGCUGGGGAAGUGUGAGCGCAUCAGACAAGUUCUACAACUGCUGUCCUGAGAGUAUUUCUGUGUCAUAAUUGUUGUCUGGUGGAGGGAAGGAGAGGAUGUCCCACACAGAGGCUGUAAAGGAUUUGUAAAGAUAAUACUAAAUUUUAUACUCGUAAUUCUUUCCCAUUGAAAAUAUUUCUUGUGUUUUGAGGUGAUGAAAUAAAAAUAGCAUGUAUAGCCCAUCGUCUUGCUAUUAAUCUUAUUGCACCUCUUUGCAAGAAUAAACCUCUCUCCCUCUCUCCCUCUCAUUAAUUUUUUUUCCAUCUCUCCCUCUAAUUACUGUUAAAUAUGAGGAACUUUGCAGCUCUUAAUAAGGAGAGCAAAGGAACCAACAUAAAGCCUGGAAGGUCUUUUACAAUGGCAGCUUUUAAAAUGAGUGUACAGUACAGUGAGUGCUCAGCCAGCUGUAAUCUCUCACUUUCAGCUUCAGAAGGAUGUCACUUGGAUUUGGGAAAGAUCAUUUUCAGUCUGUUGAACACAGGUUGUAUAACACAGUUGCUUAUUAGUACUUCACACAGUGAUCUGGAGAUACCAUCGGCUUUGUUGGCUUUCCUUUCAUAUUUUAAAGUUUUCAAGUGCAUUAGGGCAAUUGUUUAGAUACUCUGAUAAUGCACAGAUGGGAACAGAUCAAAUCCUUGACUAUAUGUUGUGAAAUCAUCACAUCGUAGCUAAACUUAGCCUACAAUCAGAAGUGCUCUGCUGUAUCCAGCCUGCCAAUAUUGCAUUUUCCUUUUCCUCCUGCAAAUGGCAUCCAAAAGAGUUAAUUCAUGUUCAUUCCUUUUGGCAUGGAACAUUUGUCUCUUAUGAAUGUGCUGAAAAUGAGGCUUUCAAGUAAAAACCAAGGACAUUAAUUACUCAAA